CACACAUGCAGGGUACACACGAGUAGAUCCAUGGUGGGAGGCCAGUAUUCUCUUGUGUAUUUAAAGAAAUGUCAGGAAUUGAAAUGCCUGGCAUCGUGCAGAGACACCGAGCCCAGUAUUCAGAGAAUGCCCUCGCCGCUUUCAUGCCGGACAAUCCAGUACCCUUGUGGAGGACUUCAGAUCUGAGGAGAAUGACAGUAUGUCCAGCCUCAGUUGCGAAGCUCUUAUUCCAGAACUCACGCAGAUAAAGAUGACGAAGCGCGACUGCAGGUCUCCGGGUGCUGAUAAGAAAAGCAAAAGGAGGAUCGCACGUUCGCCUAAAAUUGACAGCAUCGCUAAGCGUCUGUGACUUGUUAGGACCGGGGGGCGCCGGCUCCUAGUCAACAUCCUGCAAGACUCAGGAAGCACAAGCAGGCUCGAUCUCUCAGUUUGAGACUCUGUUGAAUACCCACUUAGUUUAAAAAGGAACACGAAAGAAAAAAAAAAUGUCAAGAUCCCAUUUAAAGAAAAAUAUACCCUUUAAAUAUGAUUACAAGAUUUUUUGUUGCUUUUUGGCAGCGUGUUCUAAAACUAUGAAGUUAUUUUUCAUUUGUCCUUUCUGACAACUUUUAAGUUCUUUUUUAAACAACUUGUCCAUUUUAUAUCAGGAUUUGUUACCCAAUUUUUGCAUUCUACAGUGAAAUAUAUUUUUGAAUUGAAUUCAGGCUUAAAGAUUUUUAUCUGAGUCAUUUUUAAGGGUCGAGUUUUAUAGGAUAACUGUCCGAGCACUUUCUCAAAUUUUUUUGGCUUUACUAUUCAAUUAAAAAGACGCUUCACUUCUCAAUGCCUUUCUGGAACGUCAGUUAAUUCUGAGGAUAUUUCAUCCUUUGGUGGUUUACUGGACAACUUUCCUGGAUCGUCCCAAGCGAUAGUGGAAAUGUUUGCACCCCACGCUCCUCCAGGGCCAUCCCGGAAUGCUGCCCCCAAUACGUGGCACCCCUGAAACUUUUACUCACCUUGGAUGGUGGUCAUGACUGGAGAUGUCAGAGGAGGGUAACGUGAGCUGUCCGGAUUGCCGGUCUCACGGCCCGAAUCAGACGAGCCUGGCAGUGUCACGCACUUCGGCGGGGGUCACCACGGCGCUGGCCAGCGUGCUGAUCUUUACCAUUAUAGUGGACAUCCUCGGAAACGCCUUGGUCAUCUUAUCGGUGUGCAGGAAUAAGAAAUUAAGAAACGCUGGUAACAUCUUUGUAGUCAGCCUAUCCGUAGCUGACUUGGUCGUUGCUGUUUAUCCUUACCCCUUGGUGCUUAUGGCCAUUUUCCACAGUGGAUGGACUAUGGGAGAUGUGCACUGUCAAGUCAGUGGCUUUAUUAUGGGGCUCAGUGUUAUUGGCUCCAUCUUUAACAUCACAGCCAUCGCCAUCAAUCGAUACUGCUACAUUUGCCACAGCCUCAAAUAUGAUCGCCUGUACAGCCUGAAGAACACCUGCUUCUAUCUCUUGCUGACAUGGGUCCUUACAGUUAUUGCCAUUGUGCCAAACUUCUUUGUUGGGUCACUGCAAUAUGACCCCCGUGUGUUUUCCUGCACGUUUGCUCAGACUGUCAGCUCUUAUUAUACGAUUAUUGUCGUGGUUGUCCAUUUCAUUGUGCCAUUGCUUGUAGUGUCCUUCUGCUAUCUGAGAAUUUGGGUCUUGGUGAUCCAGGUCAAGCACAGGGUCAAGUCAAGCAAACAAAAACUGAAGCCCAGUGACUUGAGGAACUUCCUGACCAUGUUUGUGGUCUUUGUCUUGUUUGCUGUCUGUUGGGCACCCCUCAACUUUAUCGGCCUGGCUGUUGCAAUCAAUCCUUUAAUUAUUGCACCAAAAAUCCCAGAGUGGCUUUUCAUCACAAGUUACUUCAUGGCUUACUUUAAUAGUUGCCUCAAUGCAGUUAUUUAUGGGCUGCUAAACCAAAACUUCCGUAAGGAGUACAAGAGGAUCCUGUUGGAAUUCUGCACACCUAGGAUGCUGUUUGUGGAUAAUUCUAAGUGUGGGACAGAGGGAAUCAAGAGUAAACCAUCUCCCGCAAUAACAAACAACAAUCAGGCAGAGGUGGACUUAUAGAAGACUUGAGUUUUUUACUUUUGUUUUCUAUCAUAACUGUCUUAAAGAGAAAUGGUUCUUUAUAAGCCACAGUGUAUUAUACCUGCUCUGCUAAUAAUGACUCAUUUAUUAUAGCUAAUUUUAUUAUAAUAAUUGUGGGUAUCCUGUGCCUAUAUUGUUUAACGCAAGAAAUCUUUUCCUUCCAGAUUUUGGUUGACUGUGAAAUGAGGAAUGAAUUCACAAAAAGAAAUGGCAAACACAAAAAACAGCGAAUUCAAUCAUUUAAAAGAUUAUUUUGCAGUUUAACUCCUUAGCAGCCACUUUUUUUAAGCAAAAGCUACAUAGUGUACAAGAUAAUAAUUAUCUUCUUUUUUUGGUUCAUUUGCUUUCCUGCAUUCUAAUUACAUUUAAUGAGGUCUCUGACUCUGGAAAACUUUAUAAAGUGGUGCUCUGAUGAGCUCUGUAUUUUAUUUUGCUAAGCUGUCCCCAUUCUGCACAGUCCUCAGAGACUCCAGCUGCUGCCUGCCUUCUCAGUCCUAAGAUCCUGACUUCAAUUCUGGGCUGUUUCACUUUUUAGAGUUCUCCCUGUGUGUGCUAAUUGGUUUUAUCAGGGGGCUCUGUGUCUCAAUAUGUUUUAGCUUGACAACUGAAAAUGUGGUAUUGUGGGAUCCAGUCAGUAAUUUUCAAAAAUACUUAUUAGGAUGAAAUAUUUUAGGUGUAUAGAAGGAAAUAUCAGAGAUUACAGUCCAUGCAGAGCUUCUUGAAAAAGUAUUCACAUCCAGUGAUUUUUUAUAUUUAGCUGUUUUACGAUUUUGAUUUUGAAAUAUACUGAACUAGUAUUUUUCCACCUAGUGAUCUGCAAGACAUUGCACACCAUAACAUAUCACAUGAAUAAUGUAUUUAAACUUUACACAGUUUUACACAGCUGAAAUUAUCAGGGACUACAUGGGGGUGUAGUGGGUAUUGUUGCUGACUCGUGCCUCCUGGAUUUAAAUCCUGAACCUGUGUGGAGUUUGCACAUUGUUCCUGUGGUGCAGGUGCUUUUCUUCAUGUAUUUCUUAUUUCCUCGUACAUUACCCCAAAACAUGCAGGUUGUAUUAAUUGGUGCUUCAAAAUUGGCCCAUGUGGGGAUGUACAUGAGUGGGAUUUUCAAUGGACUUUCCAGGACAGUUUCUUGUCUUACACCCAGUGCUUCUGGGACAGGCUCUGCCAUUCUUUUGGCAGUGAUUUGGCCUAAGCAAGUCUGAGGAUGAGGCUAAAUUACAAUCUGUAACAAAAUGUAACUUUCUUUUGUCACAUGAAUCAAUGUAGGUGUAUCUUAAAAUACUUCUCAUGCUGAAUUCAAAUAUCUCAUUAGGCUUUCUCUAUUAUGAAGAAUUUUAAGAGACACAUCUCUCUAUUGUAAAAAAAAUCUUGCGACAAUACAAGACUUUUUUCCUGCGACGAGACGUGAUCUUUUUAAGAG